GAUGAUGGCACAUUGCACUUUUGGUCUGGGCGACGCAACCGCGCGAGCACCUCGAAAGAACGUGGGGCAAGCGAAUGCGUUGCCAGCUGUUCGCCAUCAGAGCUCCUGCUGAUGUAUAUAAUCUUCUCACAUAAUACAUCUGUAAGAUCAAUUUUGCAUUUGGUCUGCACUGCUGCUGAUUGAAACUCCCCCGGAUUCCCAUGCUGGAUUUCCAACAGUUCAACCUUUCCCUCCCCCUCUUUCAUGAUCUUACAGUGAGCACGCAGUGUCACUAGAUGCUAGAAGCCGGCGCGGCACCGAACCUGCUGACCUAGCAAACUCGCUCGCUCCACUUCUGGCAGCAGGGGUCGUUGGGGUCUCUCGCCACUGCGUGCUAUCUUCUACUAAGCACUUAGUAUCAUAUGUGGCAAGCAGGCAAGCCUUACUUUACUUUGUGAGCGAUCCUGGGCUACUGAGGUGACUGCUGAGCGAGCCGACCGGCGGGAGAACGCCGCUCCGGUGCAAACAGCUUCAAAAGCAUUAAACAUUCUCAGAGCUACAAGCAGUGCGCAACGGUGAAGCAGCAAGCCAGGUAACGGCUGUGCACGAUGGCACCGCACGCCCACCAGUCAUGUCUCGCAGCGACUGCUGUACUGCUGGCGGUGCUCUUCCUGCAGCAAGGAAAAGCUCAGCAGGCUCAGUGCCCCGAUGGAACGGUUGCACUCCUCAACGGCACAAACGCAGUGCAAUGCUACCAGUAUCUUGAAGGUCGUUACAGCUAUGAGGAGCGGCAGGAGCGCUCCGAAAUCAGCAGAACGGAUUUUGGCAAUUAUUACUACUACUGGAAGCAGCGGCAGCCGACGGUGCGCGUCGUAGAAAGCGGGGCCACGGUGCAAUGCUCCGGAAACGUCUUUGACGAGUACACUUAUUGACUCCUUACUGCCGUGUAGCGUUACAAACCGCCACGGCCCCAAACGAUAAUCCCAAUCUC